AAGCAGUGGAUUAAUAAUUCUUUAACUUGAAAGAAAAAUAUAAACAAGAUGUUAAUUAAAUUUAUGGAUAUUAUAUUUUUUAAAUAUUUUUUGCGUAAUAAAUUGCAAUAAACUAAUAAAAAAAAUAUUUAUCAUGUAUAAUAGUUACUAAUAGUUAUUAAAAUGUAUAAAAUUUAUAUGAUAUUUAUAUGAAAUGUGUUAUUAAUAUAAAAGAUUAGAUUAAAAAUCUGAUAUUUGUAAAUUUUUUUAUUGAAAAAAAUCAAAUAAAAUUACGUAUUUCGAUAUGUGGAAGCCGUUUGAGGCUGGUAGUUCACCAAUUGAUUGGUGUGAACGCAAUUAUAGUAUUUCUUCUAGUAUUGCAGAAUUUAUGAAUACGCUGAGUAAUGUAGUAUUUUUAUUACUUCCUCCUGUUCUUAUGCAUCUUUUUAGAGACUAUGGUCGAUUUAUAAAUCCUGGUAUUCAUAUAAUUUGGUUUUUACUAAUGAUAGUAGGUCUUAGUAGUGCAUAUUUUCAUGCUACUUUAUCUCUUAUAGGACAAUUGUUAGAUGAAUUAGCAAUUUUAUGGGUAUAUAUGGCUGGUUUUUGUAUGUUUCUUCCAAGAAGGUAUUUUCCAAAUAUUUUACACAAUGAUAGAAAACUUCUUGCUAUAUGUGCAACUUUACCAACUUUGAUUGCAACUGGCUUAUCUUUUAUACAUCCUGCAAUAAAUGCAUUUGCUUUAAUGAGUCUUGGUAUACCUGCAUUUGGAUUUAUGAUCAUUGAAUUAAAAAGGACAAAGUCAAUGAGAGUUUAUAGGUUGGGUUUACGAUGUGGUGCUGUAUGGUUAUUAGCAGUUGCUUGUUGGUUGAAUGAUCGUUUAUUUUGUGAUACUUGGUUGAACCUGAAUUUCCCUUAUUUACAUGCACUUUGGCAUUUGUUUAUUUUUAUUGCAAGUUACACAGCAGCUGUACUUUUUGCAUAUUUUUCUGUAAAAGAGGAAAAACCACAGCAAUCACCAAUAUUAAAAUAUUGGCCAAAGGAUGACUUUGAACUUGGUAUACCAUAUGUGACUAUUAAAAGUUAUGUUAAACUAGAUAUUAAUACAAAUAUAUAAUUAUUAACCUAAAUUAUAAAGGCUGUCUUGCAUUUAGAUAAUGACAAGUGAUUUAAAAUAAAAUAUAUUAUUUAUAUUACUUAUUUAAAAAUUUAGUUUUAUAAGAUUUUUACAAAUAAGAAAUUUAUAUACUAUAAUUUAUACAUAUAUAUAAUAUUAAUCAAUCUUAAAAAAUAGAUCUAUUUUUUUUAAAUUGGUACUAUUCUAAUUAUUAUUUUUUAUAUAAUUAUAUAUAAUUGAUAAAUCAGUAGAUAUAUUUAAAACAUUUUUAGAAGUGCAAUAUUAAAAUAAUAUACAAAAAUAUCUUUCUUUUGAAGUGUGAAUUCAUACUACUGUAACAUAUUUGUGUAUUCAAAAAAGGAAUGAAUGUAA